AUGGAGGCGGUCUGGGUCAUCCAUCCGGCCUACCGCCGCCUCAGUCCUGGCCAGAAGCAGAAGAGAGGCGCAGGACCUGGUGGGCGCUUUACUGCUCCGAUAGACUGUGGUACCGCGGGCUGGCCAGUCCUCAUCAACGAGCGAGACAUGUCUGUACGGCUUCCAGCGUCUGAAGAAGCCUUUCAAAGUGACGUUGAGGAGAAGACAAGCCUCUACACGAGCGCACAGCAGCAAGACGGCCAGGUCUUCUCCCCAUUCGCCGGACGUGUCAGAGCCGCGUCUCUCUUUCACCAAUCCUUCCAGCACUCGACCAAGGAGCCAUUGCACAACAACAGCUCUCCGGAUCCAGAGAGAAACACGCACUGGAGACAGUAUCGAGAAAUCGACAACAACCUGGUUCUCUUUUUACAAGGGUUGCCUGACGGCCUAAGACUGCCCAGGCAAGCCAGAUGUCGAAACGCGGUUUUCGUCAACAUCAUCAUCCACAUGUCGUUCAUCUGUCUGCAUAAGGCAGCCAUAUCCAGAAUGAAGUCGACUGGCCUUCCCAAAAGCAUGAUUCGCAGGAGCACGGCCCGACUUGUCUGCGCCGCGGAAGAGAUACUAAACAUCUUCCGGAUGAUGUCAGACAUGAACGAGCAUCUCAAGAACUCGAUUCUGAUAUUCUCCGUCUACCUGACCUCUCGGGUCUUCCUCGAAGACUUGGACCCCACCGAGAACGUCCCGCGGCAAGACAACCUCGACUUUGUUCUUCGUAUCAUGAUGCUAUCCGCAAAGACGUUGGACAACCCCGUCUCCGGCUCGAUGGCCGUCCAGCUCGCGACGGAAAUGCGGCAGCGAGGGCUUGACUCGUCUGCAGUUGAGAAGGCUCUUGAGGUGCCACAGAGUCGUCAUUUGACACCGGCAUUUACCAAAGGAAGUGCUCCGUCGUCGGGUCCCGUGUUUCGAUUACCCAGCAGUAGCGAGACGUAA